UAAAUACUAUGAUUGUGUCUCCCACAAUAAGGAAACAACAUGCUAUAGCCUAUGAGCCAUCCCACUGGGACCAUUAUACACUAGAGAUGCAUUAGGUGAGCGGUGCAAGGGGCCGAGAGGUAUGGUGAGCUAGGAAGAACGCACAGCUCACUUGGGGUCGAGAAAGUGAAUCGGUGCGAAUAUUAUGAUGCUCGCCGAUGUGGGUUAUAUCGAAUCACUCUCAGAGAAGCUGAGAUCUCAGCGCUUAGACGAUGGUAUUUACAAAGACGAGUGCUUUGUCAGGCAUCAUAGUGCCUACAAGAGUAUAUCUAGGCUGCCCCCUUGCAUGAAAACAGUCGUUUACUGCGAUGGAAGCGCGGAGAUCAAUGAUUGCGAAAAAACAGAGAGUGUUUUGAGAACCCGUGCGGGCCUUACAACAGAGUUUCGCGCCUUGAAGCCUCGCAUCUCUGAGCUUGCGGCCGCUAGCUCGAGCUUCAACCAACCGAGACAAAAAGAUGACCCAGUAACUAAGAUACUACCGAUCAAAGAGCCACGAAGUGCACCAAAUCCGUUGCCUGAAAUUCGAUUUUUGCGGAAACGCAACGACGAAGGAAUCGAAUUUUCCAGUUCUAGUGAGGAAGAGUUAAGGGAAUUAUUUCUAAGAGCGAGCUCAAUGAAACGGACUGCAGUGGGAAAAAUUCACCGGCCAAUCGCUCCGCUGGAGUUAUGUCAAAGGAAAACCCAGCUAGGUUUUAAUGAAUGCGAAACGGAGUCUGUUCGGAAACGGUGUAAAUCCACUCGAGGAAACUUAAAGAAAAAAUUGCGAAUCUCAAGGCCUUCCUUGAACAUGGAUAAAAUGAUGGCGACGAAACUUUACAAAGGUAAAAAAGAGAAAAAGGAUUUUCUGCCCAUCCGAGAAACCUGAGAAAUUCGUGGUUGGAUUAGUAUCUCUUUAAAACGACCGCAAAAGUAAUAUCGAUUUGAAGUGUAUAAGGUACAAAAACAUAGCUAGAACUUAUUAUUUGCAGUUCUUAAAGGAUUUUACAUAUACGCUUUUACAUAAAAAAAGCGUUGUACAAUUUUUACAAAGACUUAGUCUAGAAAUCGAGUAAGAGAGGUAUAUCGUGUAAGGUAUAGGUUGUUUAAAUGCAGUUGGGGUAUAAAACAUGAACGAGGGUUAACGUAAGCCGAUUAGCGUCAGAACGCGCGUAUAAAGUUUGCCUAUUACCAUGGAACCCAUAUUAACUCUAGGACCAGAUAUUAGAAUUUUAAUGAAAUAAGGAAUUUAACUAAAGAUUAACGAUAGAAUACUAUUCCAGUAUUUGUAGAAUAUUUUAUAUAUUUUCUUCGAAUUUUAAGGAUUUGGGUAAAUCUAAACGUUCUCGAACCAUACUUCAUACAUUUGUAACUGAGUAUAUACAAAUUUCAUGCCCCUACAAAAUUAUGAAUUUAUGCUUUAAAAUUUACGCAGGCGAAUAAAAAAAUAGUUUUCGAUCUUGAUUUUCUUAGACAAAUAGGUAUUAUUAUUAUAAUUCAUACAUCAUCCUUUUUCUCCAAGCUCACAAUUUAUGAAUUUUAAACGAGUAUACUAGUGAUUCAUAGGUCGAGCACAAUAAAGGACCCAUUCAUAUAUCA